AUGGCAACUCCUCACCAAGACUCAAUCCCGGCCAAACCGGGCACCAUCGUGGAAUUCCUUGCUGGGCUUCCAAUAGCGCUUUCCGGGGCCAUCUUCGCGCAUCUGCCCAAUUCCGACCUCAAGAAAUUGCGCUUAGCUUCCAGACGGUUUUCCAAAGUCGCCACCCCUCACCUCAGCUUUAAGCGUGUUUUUAUGUCAGCAAGCAACCACAAUAUCCAAGUCUUCAGGAAUAUUGCAAAUCACGAGACGUUUCGCCAUGACGUUCGUGAGAUUGUCUGGGACGAUGCACGCUUCAUGGUUUCCCUGGAGGAGGAAUCGGGUUACCGCAGUGGAUACGGAUAUGACGCUGCAGGCUCGGAUUCCGAGGAUACGCCUGUGCCGGACGGAGUUCCCUUGUGGUUCGUUACAGCAUGUCGGGAGAACAUGGACUAUCUGCGAAAAUGGCGAGGAAGGGACGUCGAAACACUGCCGCAGCACGUUGAAACCGCACAACAGCUUGCUGCCCAGCUCCCUCUCGACGUAGCUUACGAAUACUAUGGACGAUUGGCUCUGGCCGAGAAACGGUUUCCCAAUCUACGGAGAGUUACAAUCACGCCUGCUGCUCAUGGUAUCCUCUUCUUCCCUCAGUAUCCUACGCCUAUGAUCCGCGCAUUCCCAUACGGCUUCAAUUACCCCCUUCCUCGCAGCUGGACCACGCCGCCACUCGGGGCCAGAAUCCCCUGCGAAAGCUGGGCAGAUGAAGCGAUCAAGGAUAAAUGGUGCGGCUUCCGUAUUGUUACUCAUCUUCACGCCCAGCAAGAGUACGCAACCGUCCCAGAGGUGGUCAUUGAUGGCAACCAGAUCAAUUCGGGACUUACAUCUUAG